CGACAGUUUAAACCGUGUGUAAGGACCUUUAGAUCAACGCCAUUUUUAGGAGGUGUAGGUUGUUGUGUGGUGGAGGAAAGGUUGGGCCACGUAGUUACUUCAUGGGAGAAGAUUUAAAUUUUGUGUCUACGUCAUUAGGUUCCAAAUUGUUCAAUACUGUAAAUAUACGUUAUACAGAGAAAAAUGCCACUAAGGUUAGAUAUCAAACGGAAACUAACUGCUCGAUCAGACAGGGUGAAGUGUGUAGAUCUUCAUCCAACUGAAUCAUGGAUGCUUUGUUCCUUGUAUCAGGGAAAUGUUAAUAUUUGGAAUCAUGAAAGUCAAAUGUUGGUUAAAACAUUUGAAGUAUGUGAUUUACCAGUUCGUACAGCCAAAUUUGUACCACGUAAAAAUUGGGUUGUCACUGGAUCAGAUGAUAUGCAAGUUAGAGUAUUUAAUUAUAAUACUUUGGAACGUGUGCAUUCCUUUGAAGCACAUAGUGACUAUGUCAGAUGCAUUGCAGUGCAUCCAACACAACCAUUUAUAUUAACAAGUAGUGAUGAUAUGUUAAUUAAAUUAUGGAAUUGGGAGAAAGCUUGGAUAGCACAACAAGUAUUUGAGGGACAUACACACUAUGUAAUGCAAGUUGUAUUCAAUCCAAAAGAUAAUAACACAUUCGCUAGUGCCUCAUUAGAUAGAACAGUGAAAGUAUGGCAACUUGGAUCUUCCACUGCUAAUUUCACAUUAGAUGGUCAUGAGAAAGGUGUAAAUUGUGUUGAUUACUAUCAUGGUGGAGAUAAACCAUAUUUGAUAUCAGGUGCAGAUGAUAAAUAUGUAAAAAUCUGGGAUUAUCAAAAUAAAACGUGUGUACAGACAUUGGAGGGACACACGCAGAAUAUUUGCGCUGUAUGUUUUCACCCAGAAUUACCCAUCAUCCUUACUGGCUCCGAAGAUGGAACAGUUCGAAUAUGGCAUGCUGGGACAUAUAGACUGGAAUCUUCCCUUAAUUAUGGUUUCGAAAGAGUAUGGACAAUCUCUUGUUUGCGGGGUUCUAACAAUGUUGCGAUUGGUUAUGAUGAGGGUAGUGUUAUAUUAAAAGUUGGUAGAGAGGAACCUGCUGUUUCUAUGGAUUCACUGGGUGGCAAAAUUGUUUGGGCAAAGCACAGCGACAUACAGCAAGUAAACUUAAAAGCUUUAGGCGAGGAAACACAAGAUGGAGAGAGACUUCCAUUGGCAGUUAAAGACAUGGGUGCCUGUGAAAUUUAUCCACAGACUAUUCAGCAUAAUCCAAAUGGAAGAUUCUUAGUAGUUUGUGGAGAUGGGGAGUACAUUAUUUACACAUCUAUGGCUCUAAGAAAUAAAGCUUUUGGUCAAGCAGCAGAAUUCAUCUGGGCAGCUGAUUCCAGUCAGUACGCUGUUAGAGAAAGUAAUACUACAGUAAAAGUUUUCAAGAAUUUUAAGGAAAAGAAGAGUUUUAAGCCUGAUUUUGGUGCAGAUGGUAUUUUUGGUGGAUUUUUAUUGGGCGUUUCUUCUGGAUCCGGACUAUCAUUCUUUGACUGGGACACUCUAAAAUUAGUUCGUCGUAUAGAUAUUCAACCAACACACGUUUAUUGGGCUGAAAAUGCCUCUCUGGUAGCAUUAGCCACCUCUGAUCAAUACUUCAUUUUAAAAUAUUGCGCCGAUGUUGUUGCAAAUGCUCCAGAAAAUUCAGAAGAUAUCGAAGAUGCUUUCGAGAUGAUAGCUGAAAUGAGUGAAGUUGUCAAAACUGGUCUUUGGGUCGGUGACUGUUUCAUCUACACAAAUAGCGUAAAUCGAGUGAACUACUUCGUCGGUGGGGAAGUUGUAACUGUAUCACACUUGGAUAGACCAAUGUAUCUUCUUGGAUAUGUCCCGAGGGAUAACAGAUUGUAUUUAUGCGACAAGGAGCUAUCAGUUAUCUCGUAUUCAUUAUUGUUAUCCGUAUUGGAAUAUCAGACUGCCGUUAUGCGAAAAGAUUUUGAAACAGCGGAUAGAGUUCUUCCCACAGUGCCCAAGGAACAUCGAACGCGAGUGGCACAUUUCUUGGAGAAACAAGGUUUCAAAGAACAAGCGUUAGCGGUGUCUACAGAUCCGGAACACAGGUUUGAAUUAGCUUUAGCGUUAGGAGAUCUUAUAACAGCACAUUCACUUGCCAAGGAAGCGAAUAGCCAGCAAAAAUGGCGGCAGUUAGCGUCUCUUGCUACACAAAAAGGAAAACUGUGCCUAGCACAAGAAUGUUUGCAUCAAGCGCAAGAUUUCGGAGGACUCUUGUUACUCGCUACCAGCACAGGAAAUGCAAGUAUGAUUGAGAAACUUGGCAUGGAUGCUGAUGAUACGGGCAAGAACAACAUUUCGUUCUUAUCAUAUUUCAUUCUUGGAGACCUCGACAAGUGCGUGGAUAUUCUCAUAAAAACGAAUAGGAUUCCAGAGGCUGCAUUCUUUGCAAGAACGUAUGCUCCUAGUAAAAUUUCAUCAAUUGUAAAAUUAUGGAAGGAAAAGCUGUCUACCGUGAGUAAAAAAGCCGGACAAAGCUUAGCCGACCCUGAACAAUAUGAAAAUCUAUUCCCUGGAUAUAGAGAAUCUCUGAAAGUUGAACAGUUCCUCGUGGAAGAGAGCAAGAAGAAAAUUCCGGCAUCUGCAUUCCCGACGGUCCAACCCAAUAUUGAUCGGAAACCAUUCGAGGAAAUACUAGCUGCUGAGCAGGCAAAUCGAUUUACCUAUAAACCCGGUGCAAAUAUUACUAAUGACACAGAAGUACCAGCAACCGAGGUUAUAACGAAUAGGUUACAAGAUCUUGAUAUUGGUAAGAUAAUUCCAUCAUCUACAGGAACAUUGAAUGUGCCUGAAAAAAUCACGAAGACCGUCAGCAACUCCAGGCCCCUAACUAUUGAUGAAGAUGAUCUGGAUCUCGAUAUCGAAAUUGAUGAUACUAUAGACACUACUGGUGUUAGUCUUGAUGACGACCUCCUCGAGGAAGAUUAGCCCGUCGAUUGGAAGCUAAGUAGCGUGCACAUCGCACGUGCAAUUUUCAUUCUUCUGUCAAUCAUUCCCCACGAGCCGACCAGAAUCGUUUAGAGUCAAGUAUUAAAAAAAAGGAAAUCGUCGAAGAACAUUUUGGUUACCUUUGCUUGGCUUUUAUUUCCGAGAUAUUCAUACAAAAUUUUUGCUACUAUAGGAUUGAAGUUUGUCUACACUUAUACAUCCGUGACAGCGUAUGAGUAAGCUUAGAAUCACUAUUUAUUUACUCUUCUUAUAAACACAUCAUGGCAAUCAUUAUGUAUCAAAGAUGAACUUGUUAAAAAGAUAUCUUUUCGUGGAUUUUUAAACGCUCAUUUAUAUCACCCCACGCGAUACGCUUUGUCACGUUAUGAUUUACAUAACCUAAUCGUACCUAAAAUUACUUUUAAACUUUACAAAUUCGUCUUCUGUUCGUGUCUGCAUAAACAACAGAUAAGUGGUGACCACAUACUAACGCACACACUGCCACGAAAGUAUAUGUAUGCCUAGGCAGAAUUCAAUGCUAUAGUAGUAAAAGUUUCUUGGGAAUAUUUCGAAGAUGAAGGGUGAACGAGAGUAACAUGUACUAAGAAAAGUUCUUCGAACUGUUGAUUUCUACAAUGUAUUAAAAAGUCAUCAAAAUCGGUGAAGUAUAUUCUAAUCUAAAAAUUAUCAACAUUUUUGUGCGCGAGUGUUUUUAUCAUGCACAAUAUUCAGCCUGUGCACGCAGACUUUACCCAUGUACCGAGAAUUAUAUAUAUUGUAAUAUAACAAAACGUUCGCAUAAGUUUCCAUCUGUUUCUUUUCGAUCGUUACCUUAC